UUUGAAAUAUCUGGUACAAAAGAUGGAAUGGAGCAGGCGAAGUCUCUAGUUGAAACACUGUUGAGAAAGGUUAUCAAAACGCAGCAUCAAAUUAGAAAACCAGGUCUCGGAGAGUACAUGCAAACUGAAAAAGGAAGUGAAAUAAUAAGAUCUGUUGAAUCGGCAUAUCCAUGUGUUAUAUCCAUGAAUGGCGACAGUGAUGACGAUGAUGACAUGGGAAGUGACAAAAUUUGUGUAAUUGCAAGCUGCACUGGUUAUGAAAAUCGAAGAAUGUUUGCUGCAGUUGGUGAUAUGUCAGAAAUAAACGUCGAGGUUAUUGUUAACCCUUCUGAUGACAAAAUAGGUCUUUCUGGAGGACUUGGAAAAGUGUUAAGAAUGAAAGGAGGACUAGCGCUUGAACGCUAUUGCAAAGAUUACAUAAAAAACAACGGCCCACUGAGUGAUGGAGAGGUUUUUGUAUCCCCGGCAGGAAACAUGAAAGCAAAGCACAUUAUUCAUGUGGUGGGUCCGGCUUGUGAAGACGGUACUCACCAAGAGGAUGAAAAGCUAACAGAGGUGGUGUUCAAAGCAUUGAAACAGGCGUCUAUGAAAAACCUUAAAUCACUUGCCAUGCCUGCUUUAAGUUGUGGUGUUUAUGGAUUUCCUGUUAAAAAAGCGACAGGCAUUAUUGUAGCGGCCGUUAAGAACUUUUUCCGGGAGGAACAAGAUAGCUCUUUGACAGAGAUCUACCUAUGUGAUUUGAAGGAUGGCACAGUUGAUGCUUUUACUGAAGCCCUACAGAAGGAAUGGGGUGCUCAAAACGUGAACAAACAUGAAAGCCAAACACCACGUUGGAAACCUGGGGCCACACUCCCGGGAGCAACAUAUGCUGACCCUUAUUCGUUUGGGAAAAUUAAAGUAACCAUCAAGUUAGGCGACAUCACUGUUGAUGAUGCUGAUUGCAUUGUUAACAGUUCAAAUGAGGAUUUGGAUUUCAAAAUAGGAAAGGUCUCGCAGGCUUUGAUGAAGAAUUGUGGAAAGUCACUCUUGGUUGAAGCAAUAUGUUUUACAGAGGCUAACAUGAAGAAGUAUGAGGUAGUGAUAACAAAUGCUCCAAAUUUGAAGUGCAAUCAUAUUAUGCAUGUGGUGGCCAAAGAGUCGCCGCAGGAUUGGACGCAGAUUAUCGUAAAGUGCUUACAUCUUGCCAAAAACGCGGGCUUGCACAGCUUGGCUUUUCCUGCCUUAGGAACCGGUAUAAGUGCUGGCGUCGAAGCAGCAACAGCACUCGUAAUAGUUCAAGCGAUUAAAGAAUUUGCAGCGGAUGGAUGCGGCCACUUGACAGACGUUAGAUUUGUGGUUUUCCAAAAUGAGUUGAUUGACAGUUUUCAUAGUGCAGUUGGCGAAGCGCAAUACUUUCAAGAGCCGAUCAGACCAAUGGAAAGCUCAGAGGAAGACGACGACGUUGUUGACAUACCUGCUAUAGAUCCGCCAUUACCGAAACGAAACCCAGGAAAGAAGGAGAAUAACGUACAAGUUGGAAACAUUACUAUUUCUUUAGUAAAGGCUGAAAUCGCAAAAUACAAGACACCUGUCAUUGUGAACACCACGGCUAAAAACUUGAACCUUAACAACGGAGCUGUUUCCAAAACCAUUCUACGGCAAGCUGGCGAGGAUAUUCAAAAGGAACUUAAACAAAAGUUCCCAGAUGGCAUACGCGCUGGAGAAAUAGCUAUUACAAGUGGUUACAACAUGGACUGCAGUUUUGUUCUUCACGUAGCUGUUAUGAACUGGGAUGGAAAUGGGAAGGCUAUUCAGGAAUUAAAGUCAUUCGUCAAAAAAUGCCUUCAAGAAACGGACAACAAAAAGCUUACUGGCGUCGCAUUUCCCGCCAUUGGAACCGGCUACUUGGGGUAUCCCAGAGACAUAGUUGCUGAUGUAAUGUUCGACGCAGUUACAGACUUCGCCAAUAACAAUCCUCAGAGUACAGUUACCAAUGUUGCUUUUAUUCUGUACCCGAUAGAUGUGGAAACUAUCAAAGCUUUUAAAGAAAAAAGCGAAUCUUUCUCAAAAGAUUUAAAGUAUGAUGCAUACGAGAACAUAUAUGGACGACCAACCAAGAAAGGAAAAGUUUCACAGGAGUUGAUGAAGAAGUGCGGAAAGCCCCUUUUGGAUGAGGCAAACUCAAAGAAGGGUGACAUGAAGAAAUAUGAAGUAGUCUUAACGAAAGCUCCACAUUUGAAGUGUGGUCAAAUUAUGCAUGUUGUUGCCAAAGAGUCGCCACAGGACUGGAAGCAGAUUGUCGUCAAGUGCUUCGAACGUGCCAAGAAAAAGGGCUACGGUAGCCUGGCAUUCCCUGCAUUAGGAACUGGCAUGAGUUCAAGCGUCGCAGCGGCAACAGCACAAGUAAUGGUUCAGGCUACAAAAGAAUUUGCUGCGGAUGGGUGCGGUAGUUUAACAGAUAUCAGAUUUGUGAUAUUUCAGAAAGAGAUGAUUGAAAGUUUUCAUGGUGUAGUUCGCAAGGCAAAAGGCUUAGAGGGAGUUGCCGGAGGAUUGCCUAAACACCAAAAGCCGUUCAGUCGUGGUCUUAGUAAGUUUAAAGCGGAUGUGGACGCUGUUCUUUUCACAAUUGACAAUGGAGAAACGGUGAUCGUUGACUUUAAGAAUUGUUCCGAGUAUUGCAAGUUCAAGCCUGAGGAAUACGAUACUAUUCUUCGAAAAGAUCUGAUCAAAGAAUUCAGCGGAGAGGUUCCUGCCAACUGGAAACCCUGGAAGAGGAAUUUACUGGUGUAUAAGUUGGCCACUGCUGACAAGGAGUACACUGAUUUAUCCGGGACAUUCAACGCGUCCAGUGGUGGAGGCUACACUAUUCACAUGAUCGAGAAAGUUCAAAACAGAUCACUAUGGCUACAGUAUGAGGCGAAAAAGAAACAGCUCGAGAGACAGAAUCCUGCUGGAACGAAAAACGAGCAAUUCCUGUGGCACGGUACAUCUGAAGACAUCGUGGACAGUGUCAAUGCACAUGGCUUCAACAGAAGCUACUGUGGGAAAAACGCUACGGCCUUCGGUGAUGGCGUUUAUUUUUCUGUAAAUGCAAACUAUUCCUGUCAAGAUACGUAUUCAAGACCCGGUACACAGGGACUAAAGAAAAUGUAUUACUGCGCUGUUUUGACCGGUGAAUUCAUUUUGGGAAAAUCGGGAAUGCGCGUCCAGCCACCGAAACCUAACGCAGGAAAGAAUGCCUUGUACGAUUCCGUCGUAAAUAAUGUUGCUGGUCCAGCUAUGUAUAUUAUAUUUAACGACAUACAGGCCUACCCUCUUUACAUAAUAACGUUUAAGAAACAGUAG